AUGGGGAUCCAUGGAGGAGGUGGUAGUUGCAGGACGGUGGUCGACGCUGAUGCCUUGCUCCUUCUCCAGCUGUGUUGCUGCAUUGCUCUUACUCUGGCAGCGGCGGCAGCCACGGACGUCGCCGGAGGGGAGCAACAACAGGUCCGCGCCAAGUACAGAGACCCGAAGCAGCCGCUGAACGCCCGGGUCGACGACCUGCUGUGGCGGAUGACGCUGGCCGAGAAGAUCGGGCAGAUGUCGCAGAUCGACCCGGAGAAUGCCACCGCUGGCGUCAUCAGCAAGUACUUCAUAGGGAGUGUGCUCAGAGGCGGCGGCAGCGUGCCGGCAGCCGGUGCUCCGCCAGAGGCGUUGGUGGAGAUGGUCGAGGAGAUACAGCGUGCGGCGGUGUUGUCGACUCGCCUCGGGAUCCCGGUGAUGUUCGGCAUCGACGCCGUCCAUGGCCACGGCUACGUCUACAAGGCCACCGUCUUCCCGCACAACGUCGGCCUCGGAUGCACCAGAGACACAGAGCUCGCAAGGAAGAUCGGAGCAGCAGUUGCAUUGGAGGUCAGAGCCACCGGAAUCCCCUUCAUCUUCGCUCCAUGCCUGGCGGUGUGCAGAGACCCUCGGUGGGGCCGGUGCUACGAGAGUUUCAGCGAACACCCGGAGCUAGUGCAGAACAUGACCUCCAUCAUCUCCGGCUUCCAGGGUGAGAUCCCGGCGAGUGGCCGCCUCGGCGCGCCCUACGUUGCCGGGCAGCACAAUGUGGCGGCGUGCGCAAAGCACUACGUCGUUGAUGGCGGCACCACCAGGGGAAUCAACGAGAACAACACAGUGGCCACCUUCCACGAGCUGCUUGGCGUCCACAUGCCGCCCUACUACACCGCCGUCAUUCGGGGUGUCUCCACCAUCAUGGUUUCCUACUCAAGCUGGAAUGGCGUCAAGAUGCACGCCAACCGCUUCCUCGUCACCGACUUCCUCAAGACCAAGCUCCGUUUCAGGCGUUUUGUGAUCUCGGAUUGGCUAGGGCUUGAUAGGAUCACAAACCCAGAACAUGCCAACUACAUUCUGUCCAUCAAGCUGGGCAUUCUUGCUGGCAUCGACAUGGUCAUGAUUCCAUACAGGUACACAGAGUUCAUUGACGACCUCACGUUGCUGGUGCAGAACGGCACCAUCCCCAUGAGCCGCAUCGACGACGCCGUCCGCCGCAUCCUGCGCGUCAAGUUCACUAUGGGUCUCUUCGAGAACUCCUACGCCGACACCAGCCUCGUUGGUGAGCUCUGCAAGCAGAGGCACGGCGACCUGGCACGCGAGGCCGUGCGCAAGUCCCUCGUCCUCCUCAAGAACGGCAAGCCCAGCGCCAAGCCACUACUGCCGCUUCCCAAGAAGCCCUCCUAUGGCGGCAGCGGCCAAACGGGGAACAACCUCACCACCGGGACCACCAUCCUCGACGGCAUCAAGCGCGCCGUCGCCCCCAGCACCGACGUCGUCUACUCCGAGAAUCCAGGCGCGGGCUUCGUCCAGCAGAACAAGGCACGGUUUGACUACGCCAUCGUCGUCGUCAGCGAGCCUCCCUAUGCCGAGACGCACGGUGACAUCCUGAACCUGACCAUCCCUGCGCCAGGGCCAGACGUGAUCCGGAACGUGUGCGACAGCAUCAGGUGCGUCGUGGUGCUCGUCUCCGGGCGGCCGCUGGUGGUGGAGCCAUUCAUUGACGGCAUGGACGCGCUGGUGGCGGCGUGGCUGCCGGGGACGGAGGGGCAGGGCAUCAGCGACGUGCUGUUUGGCGACUACGGGUUCACCGGGAAGCUGUCGAGGACGUGGUUCCGGUCCGUGGAUCAGCUGCCCAUGAACGUCGGCGAUGCGCACUAUGAUCAACUGUUCCCGUUUGGCGAUGGAGAUGCAGAAGAUGAGCCGUCGUCGCAGUUGUAG